AUGUCUCCAAUCUCUGUUCCUUACGUGUCAGCAACAGACGAUCCAGAAAUAAUCACCCAAACCCUACGCGAAUCUGGUGCCCUGAUUAUUAAAGGGCUUCUAUCGAGAGACCAGUUGCAGGAAUUGAAUCACGAACUUGACAACCCGUUGGAGGCCAUCCAAUCGGGCUCCAAACACAAGGUCGACAAGAUCCAAGACUUUCACGGAAGUAACACAAAGCGCCUCACAAAUGUUACAACCCACAGCAAGAUUUUCCAGGGUCUUUCACCAAACUCUGGAACGUACUGGAUGGGUGCCGCUCAAGUGAUCCAAAUUGGACCUGGCAACAAAGCUCAAGUGCUUCACCGGGAUCAAGGCCAGUAUCCAAUUUUUAAUCUUCUGGGCGCGAAGGCACCAGAGGCGACCCUCAAUUUCCUCAUCGCCCUGACAGACUUCACCGAAGAAAAUGGCGCCACCAGAGUAAUCCCUGGAUCUCAUAUGUGGGAAGACUACUCCAACAUGGGGUCACCUCAACAAACGAUUCCUGCCAUUAUGAAGGCUGGCGAUGCUGUCCUGAUGAGUGGCAAGACCGUCCAUGGUGGUGGUGCCAACAAAACUCAAGAUGAGAACCGUCGUGGCUUGGCUUUCACUCUACAGUGCAGCUAUCUGACGCCAGAAGAAGGGAAUCCUUUCAUCAUCGGACUGGACAUUAUUAAGCAGCUAUCUCCCAGAACGCAGCGGAUAUUGGGAUUCCGUUCGCAGUUCCCGAAAUUUUCGCCCGGUCUCUGGCAAUCCGACUACUCUGAGAUUGCAGAUGUCAUCGGUCUGUCAGGAGAAGAUCCCGGCCUUGAUCGCUUGAAACGGGAGAACGAAGUGACCUUUUAA